UAUAAGCGGAGUUUUCGCUCUCCGCUCAACUUUUCGCAGCAAUUCAAACUGAAAGUAACGCCGAACCAAAACUUUGUGCGCUUCGCCAGGAAUCAGUCCGGGUAUUUUUUUGCAGAAAGUGUCAAAUCAAAAUCCUAGUGUAUACCACAUAUAUAUACGAUAGUAUAUAUAUAUAUAUAAACCCACCCAGAUCCAGCUUCCUGUUUCUUUUUAAACUCCAAAAAACCAAAUUAAAGAUGGCCGCCCCAGCUGCACCAGCCCUCAAGGACCUGCCCAAGGUGGCCGAGAACCUGAAGAGCCAGUUGGAGGGCUUCAACACGGAGAAGCUGAAGAACGCCAGCACCCAGGAGAAGAUCAUUCUGCCCACCGCUGAAGAUGUGGCUGCCGAGAAGACCCAAAAGUCGAUCUUUGAGGGAAUCACGGCGUUCGAUCAGAACAACUUGAAGCACACGGAGACCAAUGAGAAGAACCCGUUGCCCGAUAAGGAAGCCAUUGAACAGGAGAAGGAGAAGAAUGAGUUCAUCGCCGGCAUCGAGAACUUUGAUGCGAAAAAGCUAAAGCACACCGAGACAAACGAGAAGAACGUGCUGCCCACCAAGGAGGUCAUCGAGGCCGAGAAGAAGGCUUAGAUCCAGAUCCAGAUCCAGAAUCCAGAUCCAAAUCGAUCCUUCCCGUCGUCGUUUAUUAUAUUUCUUGUCUCGCCGCAUCUCUCACACUCUUUAUACGUAUAAAAUAUAUAUAUUCCUGAUUUUUUUUUCGA